ACGUGAUUUGCGCGUGACGUCGUUGGGCCACUUUUGGCUGCUGUGCUGUACCAAAGUUGCCUUAAGUUAAAACUUUGUACUUCUGAUACAUUCUUUGUUUUUUAGGCACAUUUCCCACAAUGGCGGAUCAGAGAUUUGCGAUUGCCAUGUCUGUCAUGACCCUGUUUUGGGCUUUAGUUGGAGGAGUUGUGCCUUGGUUUAUCCCUAAAGGACCAAACAGAGGUGUGAUUGUCACAAUGCUGGUGCUAACUUCAGUCUGCUGUUAUCUCUUCUGGUUGAUAGCAAUUCUGGCCCAGCUAAACCCACUGUUUGGGCCCUCCUUGUCCACUGAUACCAUCUGGUACCUGAAUUACCAGUGGCCUUAAUUUGCCUAUAGGACUCCUCACUCUGCAGAGUACCUCGGUAUCAGAGUGCCCAACACUGCUGCAUCUCAAUGAAUGUUUGCAACUGCAGAUAACAUGCCUUCAGAUUGCCUUAACACGCAGAUCCCUGUGAUUUUGGAGUCUCGUCCACACUGUUGCUUUGUUCAGAUUGAUUAUCAAAGGACUCUCAAAGAGAUUCAUAGAAAUCUCACUGGAAAUGCUUUAUUUUAAAUCAGCUUUCAUUUGUUGUUUAGUAUAUAUAUAUUGUGCACAGUUGUGCUAAAUGUUAAUGUCAAUAUGAAAUACAUUUAAUAAACUGUUUUGUGUAUUUAACAUAAUCUUGGUUUUGUCUGUUUGUGUUUGUUAUAAACCAAUAAAUUUAUCAACUUCA